GAAUUGGUGACAGUGUGUCUUGGCAUCUUGUGCCAAUAUAACAUAUUAGAAAUCUUUCCCAUGUAACAGAUCUAUAAGUUUGAUCAUUCAUUCCUGUAAAAAUGUAUUCGAAGUUCCAGUGUUGGCGAUGUGACAAGGUUACAAGCGAAGGCAAGAAGUGUGGCGCUUGUGGUAUGGCGUAUUACUGCACUGAUCGAUGUAGGAUCAACGAYGAGUUUAGGCACAGCAGAAUCGAAUGUAAAGAUGUUGCUGUAAGAUAUGUUUGCCAUGGAUGUAAGAAGAAGAAGACAACACAGUUGAAGRUGUGCACCAACUGUAUGAAGGUCUGGUUCUGCGAUAGACAGUGUCAAGUAAAAGCUUGGCAAAGCCACAAAGAAGAAUGUCAAGAGGUUUCAAAAUCGAUCAUUCGACUUUGUUCGAAGGUACAAGAGAAAUACGAUUGGCUUGAUAGCAUACCAGUGGGCAUGCCUGUCACUUAUUACUGGGGUAAUUCUCCUGCACUCGAUCUGUUAAACCUUCCCAUGAAUGAAGGGAUGGGAUACACGGAACCUUUGUCACUUCUUCUGUGUGGAGUUGGUGAUCCGAGGAACGUUUGUUUUACCAUAAGCAAACUACAAGACGCAGAAUAUAAAGGCAAAGUUACGUUCGUGAUGAACGACAUCUGUUCUUGUACACUUGCUAGAACUGUGCUGUUGCUGUAUCUUCUUUGUAAAGGUGGUGAGAGUAAAGCAGGGUCUGUAACCCAGAUAUGGUAUUCACUGUAUCUAAGCGAGGAAGACCAUCAGUUUGUCGUGGCCGGCUUGCGUGACUUGAUACAAAUAUCCAACCUCGAGGUCAUCACGUAUGGCACCAUGAAGAUGGACGCUGACCAAUUCAACAGGCUCAAAAAGGUCUGGAAAACGUGGCUCGACCUUUCUGGGAAAAAUAUUGACAUUCAAGAGCAGCAAAGGCGGUCGUUGGUUAAAGAGUGUAUUGAAGAGAGCUGGGGAGUUGAUUCCUAUCUUGGAAAGAUGCCACCUAAACAUCGUACGUCCGUCAAUGACUGGUACAAAAAGGGCUUACUUUUGCCUAAAACCAGCAGAAAAAACCUGACAAAAGAAAACUUUACCUUGACUGGCUCGUCCUUGCAGUAUGAAAAAAAUACAGGUUCAUUUGAAUAUUCGAUCCCCGGAUGUAGCUUUCCCUACCAGGGAUGGGACUAUAAAGUUGUCAGUGUUGUUUAUCCUAAAGUGAAGUGUGCGAAUGAAAUGUACAAUAACUACAUCACUGACGUUCUGAGAAAGUGUGCUGCACGACUGCAGAAUGAUGACAUUCAAUUGUCAAUCAUCUUGAGCAACUGCACUGACGUCACACCUUACCUACCAGAAGCAAUGACAUAUGACAGAAUUAUGAUGUCAAACUUGUGGGAUUUCAUUCCGCUGCGAACACUGUUAGCCUUAGUGAAGCCUUUGCUGAAUCCACUCAACACUUCUGCUGUCAUUGUCACCGAGUCCGUCAACUGGUACGCCGAUUUUUAUCCAGAUCUUUUUGAAAACAAACUGAGCUUUAAAGAUCUGUUACCAUGCAGUGAUCUGAGGGAUAGCGUCUUGAAAGAUACAGGUGGCCGUAGCAAUAUUGCAGACUCUCAUGACCCGCAAGCAUUUAUAGAAUACUUUGAUUUCAAAGCAGAAUUCACGUGCUUUCUUCGUGCGUCUUUACUUUUCUCUAAUUUCUCUGGGCGCGAGAAAAAAACCCUUCCAUCAGUCAAUCAACUCGCCGCCGAGCUCGGCCUAAAGUUACGUGACUAUACUUGUUGCGAAAACAAAGUCGCGCCAUUUCGAUGGAUGUUGAAUUGUCGGCGGUUGACUUUGAUGCCAGGUUUUGAGCGAGCAGUCGAAUGGGUUCUCGUUAAUUAAUUUAAGAGAGAGUUUUUUUU